UCCAGCAUCGCGAGAAGAGUAUGUUUUGGUAGAAUGUUUUCUUCCUUUUCUGGUCCUACGGGCCAUUUGAGUGGUGUGAGAUUUUCUUUGUAUUCAGAAGAGGAAAUCAGAAAGCUGAGUGUGAAAUGUGUGACUAAUCCUCAGACGUUUGAUCACUUUUCCAACCCUACAUAUGGAGGUCUCUAUGAUCCUGCAUUUGGUCCAACGGACAGGGAUGAUUUAUGUAGUACAUGUGGUCAAAAUAACAUGUAUUGUCCUGGGCAUUUUGGUCAUAUUGAGUUAAAACUCCCCGUUUACCAUCCUUUGUUUCUCAAAUUGUUGGUUACAAUAUUGAGAUCCACAUGUUUUCAGUGUCACAAAAUGAAUGUGGAGAAAGGAACCAAAUGCCUCUUCCAAUGUCAAAUGAAAGCCCUUGAUUAUGGAUUGUUAGCAGACACAUUGGAUCUUGAGACAAUUGCCAACUCAGCUGCAGUGGAUGUAAAAGGGAGCAGUAUCAUACUUCAAGAUGUUGUUACUAAUGCUGUACAAAAGUAUUUAAAGGAAAGCCUAAAACAAAUUGAUGAUAAAAAAAAGGUUAAAAAAUCAUGCAGUGGAAAGAAUGUCACAGAACUGCGAAACAAGAUAAUCAAGGAAUUCUUGAGGGAUAAAUUAUCUUACAAAGCAAAAAAGUGCAUUCAUUGUGGCUCACCACGAAGAAAUGUUAGGAUUGAAUACAACUCUAAAAUAUACUUAAAGGCUUUAAGUUCAAGGCAAGCAAGCAAUUGGGAAUCUGUUUCAAGACUUUCAAAAUCAAAUCCAAAUACUAGUGCUAUGCCAAAUGAAGAUUUAAGCAAUGUUGGUUUGGAGGAAGAAGAAUGUUCUGAUGAUGAGCUCACUGAUAAAAGGCCACUUCCAUCACAAACUCAAAGUUCUACAGCUGAAGUUGAAAGAACAGAUAUUGUAAAGAGUGUGCAGCAAACCUACAUUACCCCACUAGAAGUACAGGAACAUCUUCAUCGAGUGUGGGAAAAAGAAGAAACUCUCUUGGAUUCAUUACUUGGAUCAUAUCCAUCACCAACAGCAAGCAAAAGAAAAUCAUCGCCUCAGAUGUUUUUCCUUAAUGUUCUUCCUGUUCCCCCCUCACGAUUUAGACCAAUUUCUGUGAUGGGCGACAAAAAGUUUGACAAUCCCCAGUCAGCUAACCUCACUAAAGUUCUUGAAGACUGUCAGGUGUUAAAAGUUUGCUUGGAUCAAAUAAAACAAACAAGAUCUAACAAUGAUGGCGAAGGAACAAGUGAUGUUGCCAGCAGAUCCUCAUCUAGCACUGCAACAACUACAUCGAGCACCUAUGAUAGAAUUCCGGGUAAGAGCCCUGAGGAAAAACUUCAGAAUACUUGGGUUCGACUUCAAAACGAUGUCAACUGCUUUAUUGACAGUGAUCUGGAUAAAUUAUCAACGAAUCAAGCCAACGGGAUAAAACAGUUACUUGAGAAGAAAGAAGGUCUGUUUCGAAAGCACAUGAUGGGCAAACGUGUCAAUUUUGCUGCACGUUCAGUCAUUUCGCCUGAUCCAUAUAUUAACACUGAUCAAAUCGGAGUUCCUGAGGUGUUUGCGAAGAAACUUACAUAUCCUCAACCAGUGACACCGUGGAAUGUUAAAGAACUCCGACAAGCAGUCAUUAAUGGUCCCAACGUACACCCGGGAGCAAAUUUGGUUGAGAACGAGGACGGCAAAAAGAUUCUGUUGAAUGCCACGGAUCCUAACCAGAGACAAGCAAUCGCAAAGAGAUUAUUGACGCCGUCGCAUUCAUCACUGCCCCUCAGUCAAAACAAGAAGGUCUACCGGCAUUUAAAAGACGGGGAUGUAUUGUUGCUCAAUCGUCAACCAACUCUUCAUAAACCGAGUAUUAUGGCUCAUAAGGCACGUGUUUUACCAGGUGAAAAAACAAUUCGUCUGCACUAUGCAAACUGCAAAGCGUACAACGCUGAUUUUGAUGGCGAUGAAAUGAAUGCGCAUUUUCCUCAGAACGAACUGGCGAGAUCGGAGGCCUAUAGUAUUGCCAGCACAAAUUUCCAGUACCUCAUUCCUAAAGAUGGCAAUCCUGUCAGCGGUUUAAUUCAAGAUCACAUGGUUUCUGGCGUUUCUUUAACUAUGCGAGAUCGUUUCUUUAACAAAUUGGAUUAUCAGCAACUUGUAUUCUGUGCUCUUGCGACUAUUACCAAUCGGCGCUUCGAGCUGUUAAAACCGACUAUUUUAAAACCACAGGAACUGUGGACUGGAAAACAGGUUAUCUCAACGAUAUUGAUUAAUGUUAUUCCUGCGAAGUGCAAAAGGCUUAACUUGCAUGGAAAAUCAAAGAUCGCUGGCAAAAGUUGGGUAACAGGAACGCCUCGACGUAGCUUGGCCAAUGGAAUGGAGAUUAAAGCAAAUGAAAUGUGUGAAUCCCAGGUGAUUAUUCGUGAUGGUGAACUGCUCUGUGGUGUUCUUGACAAAGCACAUUAUGGAUCAACUCCAUUUAGCUUGGUGCAUUGUUGUUAUGAGCUUUAUGGCGGAGUGGUGUCCAGUCUCUUGCUGUCCGCUCUGGCUCGUGUAUUCACAUCUUUCCUACAAAUGCGUGGUUUCACUCUGGGUGUAGAAGACAUUAUAGUCAGGAAAAAACCCGAUGAAAGAAGAAGGAAGAUUAUGAAGAAAGGCCGUCGUUGUGGACACGAAGUAGCGACUGAAGCUCUGGGUCUUCCUGAAGACACGGAAAAUGAAGUAUUAAUGGAACGAUUUCAAGCUGCUCACCACAGCAGAGAUGAUAACGACAUGAAAGAGCUGGACUUAAAAAUGAAAGGAAAAACAGAUCAGGUUCAGGAUCAGAUUAACAAACAAUGCAUUCCUUCAGGCUUACUGAAGAAUUUCCCGCAGAACAACCUUCAGCUUAUGGUCCAAUCUGGUGCGAAAGGAUCGGUAGUCAACUGCAUGCAAAUAUCGUGUUUGCUUGGGCAGAUUGAGCUGGAAGGUCGCCGUCCGCCAUUAAUGAUAAGUGGUCGUUCCCUGCCUUCAUUUCUUCCUUAUGAUCCCAGCCCGCGUGCGGGUGGUUUUGUGGACGGACGUUUUUUAACUGGCAUAAGACCUCAAGAGUAUUUCUUUCAUUGUAUGGCUGGACGAGAGGGUUUGGUUGAUACCGCUGUGAAGACAAGUCGCAGUGGCUACCUUCAACGAUGUCUUAUCAAGCAUUUGGAAGGGUUGCAUGUUGGAUAUGACUUGACAGUAAGGGACAGUGACGGAUCUGUUGUACAGUUUUGCUACGGGGAGGAUGGCUUAGAUGUCUUGAAAACUGCUUGUUUAUCUCAGAAGCAGUUUCCGUUCAUGGCCAGUAAUUAUAAGGCCUUGAUUACACAGUUGAAACCUGGGGCAGCCGUUGCUCAACUAGACUCUUCUUCAGCAGGAAAAGCCCAGCGAAAGCUUGAUCGUUGGAUCAGAAAAAAUAAGCAAUCACCAAGUGAAAAACGGACAAGAAUCUCCUCCCUGAGUUCUCUUGUUAAAGAGACGACUCCUGAUGAAUCAUCGAACAGUUCUAAAGAGCGAAACAUAUGGACAGUGAAUAAAAGUUUCAUUGAUGCCUGGCGUUCAGCCUCUCCCCAUCUAAGAGAGAGAUACGCGCGGCGGCGUGCACCAGAUCCAGUCCUUUCUAAAAUGUCUCCAGCUUGUCACGUGGGUGCGGUUUCAGAGAAGUUUCACUCCAGUCUUAUGAAGUACAUCACAACUAACCCAGAUAAUUGUCUAACUGAUCAACCCGAAGAAUUUGCAACAAAAUUGUCUGCUGAAAAAUUUCAAAUUUUAAUGCAUUUGAAAGCUCUUCGCUCAUUGGCUGAACCUGGAGAGGGCGUCGGUUUAUUGGCUGCCCAAUCUAUUGGCGAACCGUCGACACAAAUGACAUUGAAUACCUUUCAUUUUGCCGGUCGUGGUGAAAUGAACGUUACUCUAGGUAUCCCAAGAAUGAGAGAAAUCUUGAUGACUGCGAGUGCUAAUAUAAAGACGCCCACCAUGGAAGUUCCACUGAGGUCGGGAAAGAAAGCUUUGAAACAAGCAAAGAAAUUGAAGUCCAAGUUUGCAAAAGUCACUUUAUCACAGGUGUUAAAACAUGUUGAAGUGUGUGAAACGCUUUCGUCUAAGCAAGCUGGGACGAGAUCCCGUAUGUAUCGCAUACGAUUCCAGUUUUUACCACAUGACGCGUACCAGGGAGAACUAUUUGUCACGCCUGAAUCCAUUUUGAUUUACAUGGAAACGAUAUUUUUCAAGAAGUUAACCUCGGCAAUCGCGCGCGUUAUCAGAGCUGCUCAAAGAGCAAGUUUGCUCGAUACCACUCAUGAAAGAAUAUCAGGGCAAAACGAGUCAAGUGAAGGUGCCGUUAACGAAAAAGAAGACUCGUUGAAUUCGAGCAGUAAAUACGACGAAGACGAUGAUAAUGCUGACCUAUCAGAAGAAGAGGCAGACGCUGAUGGUGAUGCAACUGGAGAGAGAAAUAAAAAGAAGAGAGAACAACAUGCCAGUUACGAAGCACCUGAUCAAGACGAGGAACAAAUCAACAAAAAUCUAAUAGAAAGUGAAGAAAGUGACUCGGACGAUGAAGCGAAUACACCCAGCAAAUUACAAGAGAAUUAUUUUCCAGAUGAAGACAAGGCGGAUAUGGCAAUGGAGGUCGCGUCACAAUCAAAAGAAACAAACCCAGCUCAUGACAAAAGGAUUACUAACGUAAUGCUGAACAAUCCAAAUGUUGCGUCGUAUUGCUUUGACGAGGGAGAUCAAGAAUGGUGUGAAGUGAAAUUAAGGUUUCCAGUCACCGGCAGUAAGGUGAUGCUCACAACACUUAUGGAAAAAUUGGCGACACAGAGUGUUAUUUACGAAACCCCGGGAAUAACACGGUCUUUCCUGGUGGAAAACAAAGACAAACCAUCUAUGUUUAAGACAGAGGGAGUGAAUUUGAAGGUGAUGUGGAAUCAUCCUGAAGUAUUUGAAAUAGAGAAGUUGUAUACCAAUGAUACUCACCAGGUUGCUAAUACAUACGGUAUUGAAGCUACCGGUCGGGUCAUUGCCACUGAAAUUAAGAACGUGUUUGGUGCGUAUGGUAUUGAGGUGGAUCCACGUCAUUUGACUUUGGUUGCUGACUACAUGACGUUUGAGGGCUCCAUCAAGGCUUUCAAUCGCAUAGGAAUUGAAUCAAAUGCUUCGCCAUUCCAAAAGAUGAGUUUUGAAACGACCAUGCACUUCUUGCGCGGUGCAACCAUCUCAGGAGAUACAGAACAAUUAUCUUCGCCUUCCUCACGACUUGUCGUUGGCCGUGUGGUUGGUGGGGGAACUGGAUGCUUUGACUUAAAAAUACCUCUGUGUUAAAAGUUUCGUAAAAUUUGAAAAAUAAAUCAAUU